GACCCCUCUCUCUCUCUCUCUCUCUCUCUCUCUCUCUCUCUCUCUCUCUCUCUCUCUCUCAAACGUCUAGAGAACAAAGAAGCCAUGUACCUGAAUCCAAGAAUCGUUGGGUGUGGGGAGAGGACCUUGGUUCUGUCCCAUGGCUAUGGAGCGAGCCAAGCCAUCUGGGACAAGGUGCUGCCUCACCUGUCAAAGAGCAACAAGGUGCUCCUCUUUGACUGGGACUUCUCCAGCGCCGCCGCCCCCAAGGACGAGGAGGAAGAGGGCUACACGUUCUCCAGGUUCGCCGACGAGCUGGUGGCGCUCAUGGACGAGGUUAAUCUGAAAGGCGCGGUGUAUGUUGGACACUCCAUGGCCGGCAUGGUCGGGUGCAUUGCGUCCGUCAGGCGGCCCGACCUAUUCACCCAUCUAGUGCUCGUCGGCGCUUCCCCAAGGUACAUGAACUCGGAGGACUACGAGGGCGGGUUCGACAAGUCGGACAUCGACGAGAUGCUAAAGAACAUCUUGUCGGACUUCCACUCCUGGGCGAAGGGCUUCGUCGCGCUCGCCGUCGGCACCACCGACCCGUCGGCCGUGGAGCCGCUGGCGCGGAGCUUCUUCGCCAUGGACCCGCGCGUGGCGCACGGCCUGGCGCGCAUGCUCUUCCUGGGCGACCAGCGGGAGGUGCUGGACCGCGUGGUCGUGCCGUGCACCAUGGUGCACGUGUCCGGGGACUUCGCCGCGCCGCCCUCCGUCGGCCGCUACAUGCAGGGCCGCAUGAAGCGUUGCGCCAGCGCCGCCCUGGAGACCAUCGACUCCGUCGGCCACUUCCCGCAGCUCGUCGCGCCCGAGGAGAUGCUCAGAAUUCUCGACAUCGUGCUUGGGGAAGGCCGGCUUGCCGCGGACGUCGUGGAAGAGAAGAGCGGCAACGAGGGGAGCCUCGCGGAGGCGGAGGUGAAUGGGGAUGUCGACGCCGUCGCCAUGUCGUAGCACCACGUGUAUAUGUGGUCGAAGUUGAAGUUUGUGUAUGUGCGCCGUGCGCGUGCUGAUCUUGACUUCAUUCGUUCUGGUUACUGUUUGUGCAUUUGGGUUUCGAAUUCUGUAGGAACGUGCUUUGGUUGGAGCUUUUGGUUUGCUGCUGUAUCUGUUGCAUUAGUUUGGAUCGUGGAUUAAAUAUGGAAAGGAAACACGAUACUAGUAGUUUUCUUC